AUGUUUCGCAUCAAUUGGCUGCCCAGCGCGCGAGGCAGCUCCGAUUACAUAAGAAAUCUCCGAAAAAAACACAUUGAGAACCCUCUGCCACCAAUUCAGCAAGUUAACUGUGAACGCAUCGAAAAGUUACCCAAAGCGAUUAAGAAACAGGAUGAACCUCACUGUGAACAAUCCAAGCAUUAUCGCACGCCUGCCGAGAAACGCGCUCAUCUGGAGAAGGAAGUGGUUCCAAUUUUUAUGCAAGGCAUGUUGGAGUUGGCACGUGAACAACCCAAGGAUCCGAUUAGCUAUCUGGAGAAGUUCUGGCUGAAGAAGCAGCACAAGUGUGACAUAUCGUUGCCAGAGAACCUGCUUUAGAAUUAAAUAUGCUCUUUACUGUAUUCAAAUUUCAAAGCAUCGAUAAAUAAAUGUUUCUGAUUAUCGUUUGACGCAAUCAA